UCUGUUACUCUUGUAUCCCUCCACACACCCAACACUUUCAAUGGAUUGUUCUUCCAUUCUUCAAUCUUCAAAUUCUUCACUCUCCUCAGAAUCCUCAUUGGGGUCCCCUCAUCACCACCUCCCCUUCAACGAAAACGAUCCCGAGGAGAUGCUUCUCUACGGCAUGAUCACAUCACACCAAGAAGGAACUCGCCCACGCAAAGUAAUCAAAGAAGAGGAGGUGAACUCCAACAACAACAAACACAAUAACAACAACAAUAACAAUAAGAGCUUCCGCGGCGUGCGGAAGCGGCCGUGGGGGAAAUUUGCGGCCGAGAUAAGAGACUCCACCCGGCACGGCAUGAGAGUGUGGCUUGGUACGUUCGACAGCGCCGAAGCCGCGGCGCUGGCGUACGACCAGGCCGCAUUCUCGGUUAGAGGCUCUAACGCCGUGCUCAAUUUCCCCGUUGAGAAGGUGAAGGAGUCUCUAAGGGACAUGAAUUGUAGCCAAGAUGGGUGCUCCCCCAUUGUGGCUUUGAAGAGGAGACACUCCCUUGGACGCAAAAUGGCUGCCAAAAAGAAGAAGGAGGAAGAAGAGAGUGAUGGUGUUAGGCUAGAGAAUGUGGUUGUGUUGGAGGACUUGGGGGCAGAGUAUUUGGAACACUUGUUGAUGAUGUCCUCCAAUGAUACUAGAUGCACUUGGUGAAUUGUGAUACCAAAUUGUGUUAUGUAGAACCAUUGUUUAAUCUUUGAUAUAUGCUUUGCAGCAAUGCUGUCUUAAUUUUAAUUUUAGGAAAAAACCAAUUAGUUAUUAGUCUUAUAGUUUUAGUCAAAAUAUUAUUAAGGUUCUUCUACUAUCGUAU